UCUUGCAAAUAUGUUUACUGAUACAACAAAAAAUAUUUCUUUAAUAUAAAUUUGAUUCCAUUCUUAUUAUCUUUUUAUAUGUGUCCCUAACCAUUAAUUUACUUGUGAACAUCUUAUCAGUUUUUAUUCAUUGAUAGGGUGAACUAAUGUUUUUUUAUGGGGCCUAAUUAUAUUACAUUGUGAAAAGGAUAUGCUUAAUAAUCGUAGGCCUGCCUCAAAUAUUUCCUCCAUGUUCAUACUAUGGAUUUUCAGUCCUAUCAUUUUUUUAAAUUAUUAUUAUUAUACCUACUGCAUAGUAAUAUUGUUAUUGAUUGCUUCAUACAAUAGAUUUUACUGGCCUAUGAUUAUGUUUCCUAGGUAAUUAUGGCUACGUCACAGACAGACACAAUGGAAUCAAUUUACAUGGUGAACUAUUAUGACGCGACGCCAUCGUAGGUAGGUGUACUAACAACUCCCUGGAAUAGAACAAACAUGUCCACCGAUAAAGAUCCAAAAUCAAUCAGUCGUUUUCGGUGGCUUAUAGUAUGCUUAGCCAAUUCGAUUACUGACCCUGAGCUGAAGAAGGCUAAGUCGCUGGUCAAAGACAGACUCGGUGGCAGGGACUACGAUGCUGUCAAAGAUACGUUUGAUUUCUUCGAUAAGUUGCAGAAAAGAAAUUAUAUCCAUGAAGGGGAUACCCAAUUGCUACGGCAUAUCCUCAGUAAGAUUAGGCGAGAGGACUUGAUCGAAGAGCUUGACAAAUACGAUUCACAAUAUGCAGUUAUUGCUAGGCAUUAUCGUAUGCAUCCAGCAGCAUCUGAAGGCCCGUUCAUCGGUAGGGAAGGCCAGCUAAACGAAAUUUUUAGUCGGCUGAAAGAAAAAAAUGAAUAUGGUGUGGCAACUAUCUGCAUCAGUGGACUUCCGGGUAUGGGUAAAACCAGAUUAGCAAAAGAGGCCUGCUAUCGUCAGAUAGAGUACCAUGAACUUCUAGUUGUUGACCUACGGGAAUUGUCUACAACAGAAAGUAUCUGUUAUGCAGUAAUGCACACACUGGGUGAAGAUGCAUCGUUAAACGUUGAUAUAGAUGUUGUGACUUUAAAGCUGAAAAAGUAUAGGCCGAAUAAAUCCGAUGGAACUGUAAUUUUAUUUGACAAUGCUGAUCGUCCUCUAAAAACCCCGAAAGAAGGUGUAAACGAUGACGUGUACAGCAACUUUGUUGAACUAAUUGAGAGAAUCAUUGAAUGCGGCAACAACAGUCUGAAGGUGUUAAUCACAUCCAGAGAGGGAUUUCCUCAAGAAUUAUGCACCCGCCAUAAGAUUAUUUCGAUUACGGCCAAAGAGCUGGAAUAUAAUGACGCAAAGAAAAUCCUCGAAUACUAUUCCGGAAAUACUGAAAUAUCGAAUAAAGAGGCUAAACGACUAAUACAAAUAUGUGGAAAGUGCCCUCUAGCUUUGAAAGUCAUCGGCAGUCGUCUAAAGGAUCAUACUGUACAACCGAAUAAAUUAAUCGAAUAUUUAGAAAAAAAUCCUCAUGACGUAACAGAACUUGGAUUACCUGGUGAAGUAAAUCUAGAGGCAUGUUUAAGCAACACAUUUUAUAGUCUGCCCAAGAAGCAAAAGCUCCAUCUAAUUCGACUGUCCGCAUUCCCUGGUACAUUUACAAGUCAUGCAGCUCUUGCAGUUUUUGAGAAGACGCCAGCUGAAGAAGUGGAGGUGAACCUCCAGCUCCAAGAUCUGAAGUACAGAAAUCUGAUUGAGACAUUUGUAAAUGAAACCAACAAGUCAGAAAUACGCUACGGGAUCCAUCUACUGAUGCGACAGUUCUUGCAGGGUGUAGCCGAGAUUGAUACAUCCUUAACAAAACAUUACAACCUAGCAGAACAGGCAUUUGUUAGACAUUUUUUGAAAGAUCUAAAAGAAAUAGGAACUAUGAGCGAACUAAGAUACAAGAAAGCUAUGAAGAAAAAAAAUGAUGACGCUGCUAACUUUCAAAAACUUCUUAAGUUACUUCAAAGUCAAAAGAGAGACAUUGGAGUUGAUGAAUGGCGAUUGAUAUCUAGUACAAUUGAACUGUUUUAUUCUACAAAAGAACGACUCAAGUACUUCAAAGCCCAGCGAGAGCUUGCACACCAGAACCAGAGCACACUGGAAUUUGUUGAAAUGUCAGCGUAUGAAGGGUUACAGAUGUCCAGAAUAAAUCAUCGUUACGGAGACAUUCUACCUCUGUUUGAAAAUGCUGAGCGAAUGCUGUUAAAACCCCCAGAAACGAAAGAGGUACACUUAGUAAAAAACUUCCUAACCAGUAUGUUAUCCAAAUUAUUACCAGAAAAAUAUUUUGUCGAAAAGCCCUUUCAUUACCUGAACGCUGAAGAGAAAGAAACACUUGUUCUGCUAUAUCAACAAUGGGGUAAUGUUUGUACAACAUGUUUAGAAGAUUUAGAUAUGGCCAAUAAGCGGAUUCAAAUCGCUUAUGCUCUUGUAAAAGAACUAAAUCUGAGAAACACAAACACUGCUCGAUUCUAUAGCACUAUGGCAGAUGUGAUUCUGAACAACUCUAGACUCCAAAGAGCCAGUAAUCUCUGUGAGAAGAGCAAAAUAAUAGAAGCGUUGGAAUUAUACAAAAAGGCAUAUGAACUAAAAAAGGAACUAACUGGGUCAGAAAAUCAUCCAGAUAUUCCAGUGUAUCUAGCAAACAUUGGUUCUUGUUACUAUCAGUUAGAAAAAAUUGACGAUGCUAUUAUGUAUUGCAAGUGGUCCUUGAGAGUGGAAGAGGAAAUGUUGAUUGACAACGAGGAGGGUUAUGUUAAAACACUCAGAAUCCUUGCCCUUGCAUACAGCGACAAGAACAGAUAUGAGGAUGCCAUCGAAUAUGGUAAAAGGUGCCUCAGAAGGCGUGUUGAAUUGUUAGGCAUCCACACAGACACGGCACGCGCUUAUUAUCUUCUGGGUUCACUCUAUCUAAAGUGGAAGGAUCGAGGUAACCUAAAGACAGCUGAGCAACACUUUGAGGAGGCGCUAAAAGUUGAAGAACAGUUGUGGAAGCAGGACAAGCCUCAUUCUCGUGAUUGGGAGAAUCUCAAAAGGGACAUGGAAAAACUCCUCGCAAUCACCGACCAAAAAAUGAAAUACAUAACCUACAGAAGACGCUUUAAUAUGGCGGAAACCACUAUAAACGAUAGCGAUACAGACUCUGAGUCAUCAGACUCCGUAGAUGUCGAAAAAAUGAUGAAAGAUUUUGAGAAAAAGGUUAAACCGAUCACUCUUAAGCGACGGCAUAGUACGUCUAUUUCCGAUGAUGAUGAAGGUUCGCCAUUUGUGGCGUCUAGGGACAGUGGUAUUUCAAGCAUGGCAAGUGUCGAAAGAGACGGUAAACAACGAAAGAAACGGAAAAUCAAACGAGAAAACCUGCCAUAGACAAGUAUAUAUCACGAAUAAUAAUUAAAACCAAAACUGGAUCUGAGGACAAUUUUUCCUAAGCGCCAAGUGCAUGGAAUAGGACUUUUGAAAUUUGAAUUAUCUUGCGACUCUAUUUGACAUUUGACUUUUCCAGUAGAUUAGUGUAUUAUAUUUAAAUAUUAUUGUUCAG